AUGAACCGGUGCGUUUUUCUCGCUCUGUUACCUCUUAUCACAGCUCUCCCAGUCUCAGUCAACAUCGAUGAUCAAGCAGCAGUAAAUUUGGGAGCCUACGACAGAGCACGAUUUGAUUUGGUUGAGACAUUCCACCCACUUCAACCAGCAUCAGCUGUGUCAAAUGACCAAAUUGCUGAAGUACGUGCUAAAGCAGCCGGAGUAAAGCAGAACGAAGCAUCAAUUUCAAUCGACUUGCCAACGCAGAUUCUUUCCGGAAAUUUGGCAAGAACCCCAGAAAGAUUGGCGUUCGGAGAGUGGACAGAGUGGACUGCGUGGUCUGUAUGUCAGAAUGGAGAAAGAUCCAGAGUUCGUACUUGUGUCUCCAGAAGACCAGCUCUUCGUGUUGUCUGUCACGGAGAUGCCAUUGAGAUCGAGAAAUGCUACGUGGAUGCCGGAGAAGGACACAUUCCAGUAGCCGCUGAUCCAUGGUCGAUCGAGAGGGAAAUCAGCGGAGAUUUUGCUUAA